AUGAAGACUCAGUGACGUCCGUGUUUGGGAGUUUUCUGGGGGCGAGAGUGUCGCGGUUUUCUUAGAGAAAAGUACUUUAAGCAGAAGAAAAUCUGCAAUGAGUGUGAUUUAGAGUGAGUGGGGGUGUUUUUACAUCCAUUAUGAGUGAAAAUUGUGAUCCAGAUUGCUGGAUAUCGUGGAAAAUUGUGUAAUUGGAGUGACUCGAGAGGGCGGCCAUUAUAGUCUCUUGGUGUGUGAAGAAAAGUGUCAUCAAUUUUGGAAGUGUUGGAGAAAAGAUGAAAUCAGUGUUUUUAGCCAAAUCACUUGGUUCUAUGUCCUUCUGCAAGCAAUCCUCCGUCCUGGUGGGUGGAAAAGCCGUGAAAAUUGCAGUGCCAGUGAUGGAAAAAGUGUUCUAGUUCGUGCUGGGGGCAAAAUGAGUUCAAUCGCAGUGAUUUGUAAAUUGUGAAGGUGAAGAAAUUGUUACUCGGUCGUGAAUUUGUGACAAGAGGGCAGAGUAGAAUAAUAAUGUCGCGCAAAUUUAACCGAGACAUUUUGCCAAAUUAGAGCACAACACACCUCCCAUCGCCACCCCCCGCAAAGUUGCCGAGGAGGCCCCAUCUAUUGUCGCUGAACACACAGACACACCUCGGGAAGCUAAUUAAAUUAAAUUGGACUCGCAGAGAUAUGAGUCAAGAGCGCCAUGGCAGUCCAAAGAGUCGCAACAGCUCACCCAAAGUGGGGAGAAAGAGGCCCCAGUCCGUUCAUUUGGCCAGAGUGCUCAUUGCCGAUGACCUGGAGCAGGACUCAAUGAGUUCUGUGGGCAGUUCUGGGGCUACCAGUGGAUCUGUCGGAUCAGUACGGGAAUUUGGGGCUGUGCCCAAGCAGCAGCAACCCCACCGAAAAACAUCCUAUCACCAGCAUCCACAAAUCAAUCCACUCCGGAACAGUGGCAGUGGCUCAGAAGUGUCCAAUUUAGUAAGAGUGAGAAAUAGCACAUUAGGGAAAUCUGCUCCAUCUUUGUCAGCAAGUAUGCGUGAAUUGGGAAUUUCAAAUCGUCGUACAUCAACUACUAAUCGCAAUACUACAAUUACUAAUCACCGUUUGAGUCUAGUGGCAAAUACAUCGCCUCGUUCGCAUUCACCAAUAUCUGCAAGUCCCAUAGAUAGUCCACGAAUUAACUCGCCUAGCAUGAUACAGUUUCCUUUUGUACCCAUUAAGAGGCUCUCCAGUUGCCGUGGAGAUGGUCGUCGGUGGUCAGUGGCUUCGCUGCCUUCCUCUGGAUAUGGCACAACUCCAGGCAGUUCGAAUUUAUCGUUGGUUACGCAGUCGCAGUGCUCGAGUCAGGAGCGUCUACAUCAGCUGCCCAAUAUGCCGACCAAUGACGAAUUGCGUCUGUUGACGCAUCAUUUCUCCAGCAAUGAAAGCAAUCCCGGUGUUGAACCUCUGCAUUGCUAUGGGCAAAACCAUCAGCAUUGUCACUAUCAGCAAUCACCACAGACAAGUCAUAGUCCAGGUGGUGGUAGUCAGAAUAACAGUAGUAGUGGCAAGGAGGAUUCGGGAAAUUCUGAAAGACGAUCUCCAUACCAUCGACCACGAUCUAGAAGCUUAAGUAGUCCGAGUCGUUCGCCAAUUGUGGACAGUGAGAUUGCAUUGAUGAAUACACUGUACAAAGAGCGAUUUCCCAAGGCGACCCAGCAAAUGGAGGAAAGAUUGACGCAUUUUAUCAAUGAAAACAAAAAUUUCACAACAUUGGGUAAAUUUUGUGAUUCAAGUCCGAUUGUGCGUUUUGUGCACCAUCAAGUGAUGGAGAUGGCAAGAGAUUGCUUGCACAAAUCUCACACGAAAUUGAUAACAAGUCGAUAUUUCUAUGAAAUGUCGGAGAAUUUGGAGCGUUUGUUGGUGGAGACGAAAGAAAAGUCUCCGGAAUCUGUGGCUGAAUUGAGUGGUAUUAUUAAGAAGUUGCUUCUUAUAAUAUCACGUCCAGCGAGAUUGCUGGAGUGUCUGGAAUUUGAUCCAGAGGAAUUUUAUCGGUUGCUAGAGGCAGCUGAGGGGCAAGCAAAGUCCUUGCCGGGCAUGAAGGCUGAUAUUCCGCAGUAUAUUAUACACAAAUUGGGUCUCAAUCGGGAUCCAAUAGCGGAACUUCAGCAUGAAUUGCAGGAAAAUAGAAAUUGGUGUGAUAGUAAAAAUGCUAGUGGUGAUGCUUUGACUGAGGAAGUGCAAGAGUCAAAGGGUAAGAAGGGUGGUGAAAGGGAGGAUUCCCUGGAGAUUGGUGAUUUGACGAAAGAUCAACCUGUUUAUCUGACGUCAACACCAAAUCAGGAUAUUAAGAGGCCAAUGGGGAAUCCUCCUCAGAUAAAUUCAGUGCCCAAUGAGCAAGAUUUUGAAGUUGUUAAAUUGAUCUCAAAUGGAGCUUAUGGAGCUGUCUAUCUAGUGAAGCAUAAGCAAUCAAGGCAGAGAUUUGCCAUGAAGAAAAUUAAUAAGAAUAAUUUAAUAUUGAGAAAUCAAGUGGAACAGGUAUUUGCUGAGCGUGAUAUCCUCAGUUUUGCCGAUAAUCCCUUUGUUGUCUCCAUGUACUGUAGCUUUGAGACGAAAAAGCAUUUGUGCUUAGUGAUGGAAUAUGUUGAGGGUGGGGAUUGUGCAACAAUGUUAAAAAAUAUUGGACCUUUGCCAUCUGACAUGGCACGCUUCUACUUUGCCGAGACAGUAUUAGCCGUUGAGUAUUUGCAUAGCUAUGGCAUUGUUCAUCGGGAUCUAAAACCCGAUAAUUUGCUAAUAACGGCUCUUGGUCAUAUAAAACUGACAGAUUUUGGAUUGUCAAAAAUGGGUCUAAUGUCACUGGCAACUAACCUCUAUGAGGGAUACAUUGACAGUGAGACACGUCAGUUUUCGGAUAAGCAAGUUUUUGGAACGCCCGAAUACAUUGCGCCUGAAGUUAUACUGCGCCAAGGUUACGGUAAACCCGUCGAUUGGUGGUCUAUGGGAAUUAUUCUCUAUGAAUUUCUCAUUGGUUGUGUGCCAUUUUUCGGGGAGACGCCCGAAGAGCUCUUUGCUCAUACGGUCAAUGAUGACAUUGAGUGGCCAGAUGGUGAAGAUUGGAGCAUUGCUCCAGAAGCGAAGAAUCUCAUAACGCAGCUGUUGCAUCAGAAUCCAAGGGAUAGAUUGGGCACAGGUGGAGCCCAUGAGGUCAAGGAGCAUGUCUACUUUCAGUUGGUCAACUGGAACUCAUUGCUCAGGCAGAAGGCUGAAUUUGUACCGCAACUUGCAGAUGAAGAUGAUACAAGUUACUUUGAUACUCGCAUGGAUCGGUACAACCAUGAUCUCGGUGAUGAGGACACGGAUGAGACGGAUGACACGCCAUUAUUUGGCUCAUUUAGUUCAUACACCCAUCAUUUCCGCAAGCAACAGUGCUCAUCGCGAUUGACAUUGUCAACCAGUUCCAUGGAGAAUGACGAAUUGAAGAAGAUCACGACUCCGGAACUUCGCAAAUUGGAUGUUAAAAAUCGAAGUAUUCGAAUGCCAUCGACACCAGACACGGAUUAUCUGCCUGAAUUGCUGAAUACGCCAGAUCGUGAGGAAAUCAAGACAAUUCAUCAGUAUUUGAGGCAACAGGAACAACAGAGACAAUCUUCGCUGGAAGCUGUGGCCAAUAAGCAUUUACCGCCGUCGGCUAUUGAUGUGAAAAAGGCACCUCUUCCGGCUCCAUCGAGGAAGACUCUGAGUACGCCAGAGUCCUCACAAACUGACAGUGAUGAUGUCUCACCGCAAAUUCAGCGAAAGCGCAAAACAGGGCAUUCCAGGGAAAUCCUUCCGCGCUUCUCCAUUUCCAUUGAGGAUGAACACAGCGGUCACGAAACGGGCACGUCAUCGUCGGAAAAUACAAAGGACUUUUCACCGCAAUCCGGCACUGGGGCCAUUGCUAAGCAUAGAUCCCGGUCGGUAAUUAAGAGUGCUUCAGCUCUUGGGCUAUCCCUCAUGUUCUGCACAGAUGAACCUCCGGCGUCAAUCGGUGGUAUUCAGUCACCGUCGGGAGGUGGGAGCUCAAGUACAGCCAGUUCCCGCGACACUUCACCAUGUCGUGAGCUGUCGCCACUUGUCACGAACCUCAAGCCCCCAAUAAUAAUUCGCCGGGGCCCCCGUGGCUUUGGCUUUACCGUGCACACAAUUCGUGUCUAUUAUGGAGACACGGAUUUCUAUACGAUGCACCAUUUGGUGAUGGCUGUAGACGAGGGCAGUCCGGCCUUUGAGGCUGGACUGAGGCCAGCUGAUCUCAUAACGCAUGUCAAUGGGGAAGCUGUGCAGGGUCUGUAUCACACACAAGUGCUACAGUUGCUUCUCAGUGGCUCGGAGCAUGUGAUGCUUCGAGCUACUCCAUUGACAAAUACCAGCAUCCAGACGGGCGGGAGGAAGAGGGAAUUGUGGCAGAGUAAAUUGGCCAAGAAGGGCGUCAAUAGGCACAAGAAGCAAAAGAAGGAUAGUGAGAAGAAGAGGAAGACAUCACUUUUCCGGCGAAUCAGCAGCAAAAGAGCUAGUGCCGAGAUUCAGCAAAUGGCAGCAGGAUUUACAUCUCCCACCAGUGUCACUCCCAAUUUGACCUUUCCCUCAACAUCAGCUACUCCCCCACUCAAUCGCUUAAAUCUCUGUCCACUCGAAUCCAAUUCAUCCCAGUCGAGUUCUCCGAGUUCUUCAGCCCCAAAUACCCCAACGGGUUCCGGAGGGCAGUUGUAUCAACGCCCAUCGACUCUGCAUGGCCUCAAGCACAAACUGCACACGUCAGCUUGCUCAUCCAACAAGGGAUUGCAUGCGUCAAAUGCAACAACAGCUCCAAAUAGACGCAAAUCUGUUGGACAUAUUCCUCUUUCUCCCCUAGCCAGAACACCCUCCCCAUCUCCCCUUCCGGCUUCUCCCACCAGAUCACCCAGUCCUCUGGCCUUUCCCAUUGGUCAUCAACCAGGCUCAUCCAAUACCACUCAGUCCUACAGUCCCGGUGUCAUUCCCAGCAGCACAAAUGCCACAGCAGCUGUGGCCAAAAAGACCUUCGCGAGGCCCAAGAGUGCAGAACCGAGUUCACCGUUGCUCAGGAGAGCCCUGUCCCCGGAUCGACUGCAUCCCAGGAGUGCAGAGAGCAAGUGCACAUUGAUUUCACCGCUCUGCUGCUCCAGUCAAGUCACCAAGAAUAGCAGACCCGUUUCGGGAGUCUGGCGCUCAAGUGGAAGUCCACAGGUGACUUCAACUGCAACUGCCCCAUCCGUUGUUACUUCGGCAAUUGGAACUGGUGUCAGUUCUACUUCUGAAGACUUCUCCGGAACAUCUUCCUUUGAAGCUUGUGAACUUCCACCGGCUCCAAAUCCACCCAAUAUCCUUUCACUGUCCCUCCAAGCUCCCGGAGAGCUUCUGCCACGAAUAGCCGAAGAGAAGGAUUCGCCCACGAGUGCAAGUCACGACUCCGUGGCGCCUCAAAUAUCCCCAGAAUCCUCAUCACCCACAACUUCGGCUGCUGCUUCGAAAACCACAACUUCCGUGGCUGCUCCGGCAACGGAUCUGGGAGCAGUGGAGACAACGUCGGUGACAGCGUCCAAGACGGGCACAGUGGCAUCGCAUGUUGAGCAGAUUACCAAAGGAAAACCACCUGCAAAGUCUCCGGCUACAGGUAACAAGUAAGCAAAGUAGAGGAAGGGAAUAAUAAUUUGCAAUCACAUGAGAGUGAAGGGUUUUGGCACAACAAAAAGUUUAUCAAUGCAAUGGAUUUUAUUUAUUUUUUUUUACCCAGAUAUUUUCAUUACGCUUUUAUUGUAUAAAGAAAAAAUUGAUAUUCAAAAUGGUGAUUUUCUUUGGAUGAAUUCCAAAAUUUUUAAAAAUAAUAAAGUCUAAAUGUUUUAGAGAAAAUGGAUUUUGGGAGAUAAAAGGGAGUAAAUUUCUGAGUUUGGAACUUUCUUUUUUGGAAAUUGAAAAUUAAGACAAAAUAAAAUUGAAGCAAUUGUAAAAUUUUUAACGUGCCAUGCUGAGGAUGUUGAAUAAAUUCAGUGGUGAGUGUUUUGAAACAACGAAAAA